AUGGUGGAGAACUUCCAAGAUGACCAAGACACCUCCAGCUCCUCAACGAGGGAGAAUCAUGUUGACAAUCAUUUGUCAACUAAACAGCUUCCCUUGCUAAGCGACUGGAGAAUAUUUCAGCAGAGAAAAGAAGGUAGCGCUGACUGGAAAGCAGGAAUUCGAGAGCAAAUGCAGCGAGAAUUAGAGGAAAAAGUUAGGGCCGUUCUGAAGACGCCGCCGAUCGAACGUCUUCAGAGGCUACGAGAACGGAACAAACUUCCGAAGGAGACAACAUCGGACGUUCUCCAGUUCAACGAUCAGCUGUUGCAGAACUGGAACAAACUGGAGAUAGAAUGUCAUCGACGAAGUCAUCGCAUGCAGUCGGUCAGUAAGAAACAACGAUUGGUCACAUCGUUCGUCCGUUCUGCGCCACCUCUCUACCAACCAUUUGUCCGAAGUGACCUUUCUGAACUAGGAUACCAGAGAAUCUACAGUACCGAACAUUGUGUUUUCACCCGACCCGACCAGGAACGAGUAUACGAAGUGAGAGAAUUCGUACACUUGGAAAAGCAAACCUUCUGCAAAGUACAACUAUUCUUUAAUUCUUUCUUUCUAUCUCUCUUUCUUUCUUUAUUUCUUUCUUUCUUUCUUUCUUUCUUUCUUUAUUUUAACACAUGUCCAGUAUUCUUUCUUUCUUUCUUUUAUUUUCCAGUAUUCUUUCUUUCUUUCUUUCUUUCUUUCUUUCUUUCUUUUUAA